AGGAGGCAAACGAGCAGACGGAUCACCUGAUAGUAAGCGAUUACCGCCGCCCAUGGACACCUGCAACACCAGAGGGGUUGCAAGUGCGUUGCAAGCCUUUAAGAUGGGAAUCACGGCGUUACGCUCCCGGCAGGCAGUUCCCUGACUGUGUUGAUUUUCAAUUAUGUUGAUUGACGAGGAGUUCUGAUCAGAUCCGAACGUCUUUGACCCGGACCGGUUCAGUUCAGAGAGCUCCAUAGUGCGUCAUCCCUACUGCUAUAUCCCAUUCAGCUUGGGCUCCAUGGACUCAUGGGCUGUUUAGGGAAGUUGGUUUGGUUGAUUUAUGUUAGGCACGUGUAUAGCGUAAUUUUUUAUUAUAUUAUACAAAUUGGUUACGCAGCAUUAAAGUAUUACUUACUACCAAAGAUAAUUUGAAAUAGAGGUGGAUUGCCAAAGAAAACUUUUUAGCCACAGUAAAUUUACUGCCAUCUUUCGACACAUGAUUAAAACUUUUAAUUGACUUUGAUACUUAUUUUUUCAUAUUUCUAAUAGAUCAUAGGCCAGUCAGUCGGUUGGCGGGAACACAGACCUAUAUUGUUCUGUGAGCUGGAAGCAGGCGUAGGCGUGCUUUGCUUUUGCAUUUUUGUGAAAGAAUGAUCUGGUUCAUCGCCCUUGUGCUGUCUGCUGUGUCUGUUUACUGGAUGGGAUGGCGGAUUAAGAAUAAGAAAUUGCUGGAUAUUUCCGAUCAGCUCCCUGGUCCUCCUACGAUACCGAUAUUGGGUAACGCAUUACAAAUAGUGGGCCCUCCUGAAGAGUUAACAAAUACAGUUGAAAGGUACCUGCAAGAGUAUGGUGACCUAUUCAGGGUAUGGAUUGGACCUGACCUUAAUAUUUUUGUGAACGACCCCGAUGACAUUAAGACGCUUCUCAAAAGCCAGAAGACCAGUAUUAAAGGCCCCCAGUAUAAGUACAUAAAAGAUUACUGCGGAUCCGGCCUACUUAGUGGUUCAGGUCCUAGUUGGCGAAUCUGCAGAAAAACGGUACUUCCUAAUUAUGGCAAAAAGGCGUUAGAGGCUUACGAUGAAGUAAUCAACGACGAAGCAAAUGCUACUGUAAAACGGUUUAUGACUAAAGCGGGAGGAAGAACUUUUGACAUAUAUGAUGACAUCGUCUUGGACACCACUUACACAGUUUGCCGUACAUUAAUGGGAUUGACAAAGGAACAGACCAUGAACCUACCAAAUAUGAAUAUCAAAUUUCUACACGAAGCACACGAUAUGUACUUAACAGUUUUCAUGCGAAUGACUCAAUGGUACCUUCAAGUUGAUCCAUUUUACUGGAUGACAAAAUAUUAUCAAAGACAAAAAGGUUUGAUUAAAAAGAUCACUGAAAUCGCAAAUACAAAUGUAAAACAUAGACUGCAAGUUCUAGAAUCGAUGGACAAAAACAAGAUCAAUGAGAUCUUGAACGCAGAGGGUGACAGCACACAUAACACAGAGCUCAGCGUCAUCGACAGACUUCUGUUGUCUAAUCAGUUACCGAGCCACGAAGAACUGGUGAAACAAUGGUUCACUCUCUUUACAGCAAGUCAAGAGGCGACUGCCAAAAUAACAUCAUACGCUUUGCUAAUGAUGGCAUAUCAUCCCGAAUGCCAGGAAAAAGUCUAUGCUGAAAUAAAAGAGGUUUUCGGAGAUAAUGUCCGAGAUGUCACCGAAGAUGACCUAAAACUGAUGCCGUACCUGGACAUGGUGUUCAAGGAAGUCAUUCGACUCUUCCCUAUCGGAGUGAUGCUUCAAAGAACCAUUGCUGAAGACAUUAAAAUAAGCAAAGCGACGCUGCCCGCUGGAAGCUCGCUCGUGGUGCCAAUAUACCACCUGCAUCGUGACAAGCGGUAUUGGACCAAUCCGGACGCCUUCGAACCGGAAAGAUUUAGUCUUGAAAACUCCAGGCUACGCCAUCCAAAUUGCUACAUUCCUUUCAGUCUUGGACCAAUGGAUUGCAUGGGGAGGUACUUUGCUAUUAAACUUGUGAAGACUAUAUGCGUCAAGAUGCUUCAAAAGUUUCUGCUGACUUCCCCAGAGAAGUACGAAGACAUGCGCCUCGUGAUGGCAGUAUCAGUUGCCUCCGUCAAUGGCUACCCUGUUCAAGUGUACCCGAGGAGUUGAAAAAGUGUUUGCGAUACCUGACUUUCAUAUACAGAUAACAGAAGAUGGUGUUCAAAUAUUAA